AUGGCUGCUGUGAAGAACUCUGUGUCUGAGGACCCCCUCCUGGGCAAAGGCCCUGACAAGGACGCCUCAGAGGUGUCUUUGUCAGGGAGUGUGUUAGACUCCGGGAGUGUUCUCUCAGAUGACUCAGUGCUUCCAGACUACGAGCAGGAAGGUGAUUCACAGGGUACUGCCAACACGCUGUAUGAUGCGUGCACUCGGAAUGACCCCCUGGCGCUCCAAAAGGUUCUGGAGAGAGGGGUUACAAAAGAGGAGGUCAUGGCGGUAGACCACAACGGCUGGACUGGACUGAUGGUGGCGUGCUAUAAGGGGUUUUUGGACAUUGUUCAAUCUCUUUACCACUGUCCCUACCUGGACAUAAAUCACCAGGACAACGAUGGCAACACAGCACUGAUGAUCGCUGCACAAGCAGGUCACACCAUUACAGUGACCUACAUCCUAAACUACUACCCCGGGGCAGACACAGAGAUCCGGGAUUGCCGUGGCUUCACCGCACUCAUUAAAGCUGCCAUGCAGGGCCGAGAUGAUGUGGUGUGUUCCCUCGUCAUGGCCGGUGCAGACCUAAAUGCAAUAGACACCAGGAAGCAGAAGUGUGUGCGGGACUGGGCACUAAAGACGGGCCGCUACGAGACCUUGAGCCGCCUCCGCCGCCUCAACCUGCGGCCUAGAGCCGAGCAGUUUACUGAGAGUUACGUCCCCGAGUGGCCAGAACUGAAAGUGCUGGUGGCCAAAGCCACAGCCAACAAGAGCGCCGGCCAGAUGAUCACCCAGUGCAUCAGGUCCACCUUCAGCUUCAACUUUCCCCAAGACCCCCAGAACAACGGGGUCUUGGACAAUAUGGUGCGUAUCACCACCAGUAUCCACAGCCCUUUGGUGGCCACCGCCUGCCGGCCGCUAUGCCCCACCAGCCCCCCUGAGGUGGGAAAGAGGCGCUUGGCCGUGCCUGAGCUGAUGAAGAAGCACUCAGAGAAGAAGCUGGAGGAGAGCUCUGUGUGCCACAGCAACGGCUCCGUCUCCUCCAUCAUUCCACACAUCCACUCGGCCGAGACCAUCGCCACGUCCUGCUGUGUGGACACAGAGCGCAGGGGCAGCAUUAUCUCUAUAGCCUCCACCGGGGUGCGCGCCUUCAUGCCCAGGAACAUGGCCCACAGGAACAGUGUGUUCCCUUCCGGCUGCAUCCCCAAGAUCCAGAUAAUGAAAUCUGGAGAGCCCACGCCUAAGAAGGAAAAAAAGAAGAAGGGGCACAAGGGUCACCUGGAGCUGCCCAUAUGGAAGUACAAAGCAGAGAAGCAAGAGAAGAAGGAGAAGAAGAAGGCAGAGAAAGAAAAAGAGAAGGCCAAGAAGGAAAAGGAAAGGAAAAAGAAGAGAGAGAAGUAGUGAGAUGUCUAAAGCUGCCAAUUUAUUUCGAUGCCACACAUUUCCAAUAACUUCCAAUAUAUUUUUCCUGGAGUUAUAUUCCAAACAUCUGAAUUAUGAAGUACUGCUCAAAUUACUCAAAGGUCUGGACUCGGUUUUAUGGCCAAUGCAGUAAAAUGGAUUCUUUCAAGGCCAUCAUAUUCAUAAUGCUUUGUAAAUAUUUUUCUUUUUUUUAAUUUUACAGGACUAGUAAAGGCCCAGUGCACUACGUUUGUGAAAUUUUUAUAACUAAAUGUAUUCAAGUGUUUGCCAGCAUUUGCAACUUGAGUCUGAUAAUUAUCUGUAUAAAACAGUUAAUCUGAUAAUACUUCUGGAAUAUACAGGAAAGUAUUCAGAAUAAUACUUCUGGAAUAUACAGGAAAGCAUUCAGACCUCUUGACUUUUUGCCAUUUUUGUUAUGUUACAGCCUUAUUCUAAAAUGUUUUUUUAUUUUAUUAUCCUCAGCAAUCUACACACAAUACCCCAUAAUGACAAAGCGAAAACAGGCUUUUAGAAAUGUUUGCACAUUCAUUAAAUAUAAAAAACAGAAAUACCUUAUUUACAUAAGUAUUCAGACCCUUUGCUCUGAGACUCCAAAUUGAGCUCAGGUGCAUCCUGUUUCCAUUGAUCAUCCUUGAUAUGUUUCUUCAACUUGAUUUGAGUCCACUUGUGGUAAAUUCAAUUGAUUGGAAAGGCACACAACUGUCUUUAUAAGGUCCCACCAAUUUCUUUGGCAUUAUGGGGUACUGUAUGUAGAUCGAUGAGGAUUUAUAAAAAUACGUAAC